AAUAGUUUAUUUCAGAAAAGCAAAAAACGAACAAGUUUGUGUCUCAAAAAUGACGUCAAAACGUGCAUCUUCUAGACGAUCUCUAAGUACUGAUUUUCGCAUCCUUAUUGGAGUUAUUGCCGAUUUGGAAACUACGAUUGGCUUUUUAUUAGCAGGUGUUGGGGAAACUUCAGGUUCGCAACAAUUAGAUAAAAACUUCAUGAUUGUAACGGAGGAAACACCAGCACAUGAAGUCGAAUCUUUUUUUAUAUACUUGUGUGGGCGCAGAAAUAUAGGAGUAAUUUUUGUUGCAACUGAAGUAAGAAAAGUCUUGACACAAGUUAUUUCGCGCGUUACUAAAACUAUUCCUAUUAUUUUGGAAAUUCCUACUAAACAUACAAUUGUCCAAUCACUUGAAAGUAAGCAUCAAGCUUUAAAAAAACAUAAACUGAGAGAUAUUGACUAAAAUAUCGAUACCCAUACAUAUAUAGACACAUAUGUAUAUACUAUAUGUGAGUAAAAAAAAAUCUCUUCUAAACUGAAGGAAUUCGUGAAAGUGGCUUAUCCUUAUCUGCUAUAAUUAUAGGCAUACUUAAAAUUUUCUAAUAAAUUUACAUAUGA